AUGGCGCGAAUGUCUGCCUUAUUGGGUGUACCACAGUCUCAUCGACACCCUCCGAGGGAUUGGAUAAGGGAAAACCAAGGGGUAACCUUCGAAGAAGACCCUACUAUUAACCAAAUUCCACAAAAUCAACCGCCACUAGAGAUGCAGAUUCGACAUGAUGAUAUGGCAGCAGAUAACAAUCUGGCAACCAUGGUUGAAAGGAUUAUGGUUCGAAAUGGGAUAAACUUUGGCCUUCGGAGGCCAAAUUAUACAUCACCUUUGUCGGAAUAUAUCCUACAGACAGAAACACCCCCUAGAACAAAAAUCCCCAAAUUCACUAAGUUUUCUGGGGAUACUACUGAAUUAACUAUCGAACAUGUGGCUAGAUAUUUAACAGAGGUAGGAGACAUUUCAAACAACGAAAACCUUAGGAUAAAAUGUUUCCCAAGUUCUCUCACAAAGAAUGCCUUCACGUGGUUUACCACAUUGCCACAAAAUUUGAUUCAUACUUGGAAUCAGUUAAAAAGAAUGUUCCAUGAGCAGCUUUACAUGGGACAAACAAAGAUAAGUCUGAAGUAA